GCGCUGUGCGGAGCCGGGGGCGGGCGGCGCGGGUCCCGGGGUGCGGGAUUUUUUCUGAACCGACUGUGUGCUUGGUCUGUGCUUUUUCUCUCCCUGUUCCUCAGCCCGCGCUUUGGCUUCGCUCGUAGUAUGGCAACACGUACGGUGCGGUCAGCAGCGACAAGCCCUUGGUCCGCCUGGCGCCGUAACGUACCCCAUGGCGUGCGAACCGGGACGUGGAGCUGGCUGCCCUGCGCUCCUGCGGCCCUGCGCGCUGUAGUUAGUUUGUGCGGGUCGGCCGUAACUUUGCAAAGAACUGCUGAGCAUUGAACCCUCCCGUCACAUGAGGAAAUCUUUACCCUGUUUUGCAAAUGAGGACCUGAAGCAGAAUGCCAUUAAAGGGCUUGUCUGUAGUCAGGCAGGAAGUCCUGGGAGAGCUGAGUUUGCUUCCUUUGCCACAGAAUUGCAGCUCUCUUAAGAGUGCAAAUCAGCUUUUUAAAGCAGAGAGGCUGUUCUUUGGAGUUUAUUGCACUCGAUUAGGGAUCGGUUCUCAGAAUCAAGGAGUUAGAAGUGAGAUUUGAGAUAAGUGAGGCCCAUUCGGUGCUGCUUUGGACACCUCCGAAGGGAAAAUGGAGUUAUCAGGAUUGAAAAAGAAGAGUUUGCUAGGACUCAAAGAAAAUAAUAAAAAAUCCAACACUAGGGCUCCUUCACCAACCAAACGCAAGGAUAGGUCUGAAGAGAAAUCAAAGGACCGGUCCAAGGACAAAGCAGCCACUAAGGAAUCGGGUGAAAAGGAUCGUGGUCGAGACAAGACACGCAAGAGACGCAGUGCUUCUAGUGGGAGCAGCAGCACUAGAUCCCGUUCCAGCUCAACUUCCAGUUCUGGGUCCAGUUCCAGCACUGGUUCAAGCAGUGGCUCCAGCUCCUCUUCUGCUUCAAGCCGCUCUGGGAGCUCCAGCACCUCACGCAGUUCCAGUUCCAGCAGCUCCUCGGGAUCUCCAAGUCCAUCUCGACGGAGACAUGACAACAGGAGGCGCUCCCGCUCCAAGUCCAAGCCACCCAAAAGAGAUGAAAAGGAGCGAAAGAGGCGGAGCCCAUCACCCAGACCUACAAAAGUGCAUGUUGGAAGGCUCACUAGAAAUGUGACCAAGGAUCACAUCAUGGAAAUUUUUUCCACUUAUGGAAAGAUUAAAAUGAUUGACAUGCCAGUUGAUAGGCUAAAUCCACACCUGUCUAAAGGUUAUGCUUAUGUGGAGUUUGAGAACCCAGAUGAUGCUGAGAAAGCCCUGAAACACAUGGAUGGAGGCCAGAUUGAUGGUCAGGAGAUCACUGCCACAGCCGUGCUAGCACCACGACCCAGGCCACCUCCCAGGCGCUUCAGCCCACCCAGGAGGAUGCUGCCGCCACCACCAAUGUGGCGCCGGUCCCCCCCUCGCAUGAGGAGAAGGUCCCGUUCUCCAAGGCGCAGAUCCCCUGUUCGCCGACGAUCAAGAUCUAGAUCUCCUGGACGAAGGCGCCAUCGGAGCCGCUCCAGCUCAAACUCCUCACGAUAAAGCAAAAGGACUGGACAACUUUUAAUUUUUAACUUAAAUCCCAUCAGACUAAAUAUUGUACUUUUUUUUUUUUAAUUUUUUUUUUUUUAUAUAAUGGGUCUGGGUGAGGAGGAGUGUGAGAGAGAGAUAAUCCUGGCAGUGAAGCCAACCUAAAAGGAGAGAGCAACAGCCCCUGGCCAGUGUAUCACCUGUGAUGUAGGCUUCAAGUUUCCUGACAUUGAAUCGAAAUGAUUUUAAAAUGGCUUUGAUUUCUAAAGGCUGCGAAAUCUUUUUCUGCUAAAUGAAAGCAGAAUUUGGUGCAGCCUCUCUUUCUCCAGUUAGCAGGCUGCUGCUUGGUGAUUUUUAAAUGCUUAGCACGCUGUUACAGACCAGCAUGUAAAUCUUGAGCUACUUCAGAAACCCUGUGUGAUAAGACAGGAAGGCAUUUAACCUGAGCUUGGGGUUCCAGCACAGAACUUCUCAGAGCAGCUGGAGCCCAGAUUUGCUGAGACUUAAACACCAAGCUGUUGCUUUAUCCCAGCUCCCAAAGAGCUGGUUAGUUUCUACCAGCGAGCUCUUCUGCAGGUGAAGCUCUUCUGUAACGCAUAGACCAGAAGCAACAGUCCAGCCCACAAAACGUCAUGGUUUAGAAAAGAAGCCAGAAGUCUUAAGAACUGGUUUGUAGCUGCCCCUGUAAAUCGAUUUCUUUCACGUUUUCUUAACGGGUUUUGGUAAAACCUUCCCCCCAGCCCCGGGUGGAACAGUGCUUCUGCUUUUACACAUCCCAAAUUGACUGGGUGUGAAUCCCUGGAGGCUGCUGAGUGGGGGGGUGCUGGCUGGAUUUAGCUGGGCUUCCCUCGGGAAGUGCAGAGGAUUCACUGCCCUUUGUACAGUCAGUGCUAUACAGAUACUUUAGUUUGUUUUGUAAAACUUUGUAGCCUUUUGGGCCGUGUUGUGUUUGUACUUGUGUAAGACUCUUGAAUAAAGCAGUAGGCUGAGAA